AUGGCCGCGAAUUUGAGAUCGCUGAGACACAUUGACAGGUGUUCAAGAAUCCCUUCACAAAGAGGAUGGGUUACUGGCCGGCGCUUCUUCAGUGAUGAAGUGCCGAAGCAUAUUGGUUUUGCUCCCCGCUUUUUUGACUUCAAGGCUUUUCGAAAAGCGCUCAAAGAGAAGAAGGAAAGCCUUUCUGAAGCAGAACUUAGAGAGGUCCGCCGGGAAUAUGCUCUUCCCCCACCUGAAGGCUGGACAAUCCAGAACUUUUUGGAGCACAUGAAAUUUGGGGAUGGAGCAGAAGAUGUUGCCAACCUCUUUGAGCACUGGAAGGAUUUCAUUUCAAUGUCUCCUCGUGACAUUAUGCGAAUUCCAGACAUCACAGCGGAACAAAGACGCAAGCUGGACAAAUACAUUACUCUUUUCAAUCAUGGUCUGUGGCCACGAGUAUCUGCAGAUAUCUUCAAAGAAAGAUUCAACGGAUCUUUGGCAUUUGAAGGAAAACCAUGGACUCCUCAAGAUGACCAGCGGCUUCUUGAAUUGGUCAAGCCAGGAGAAGAAGGGGGCUACGAUGUCAACUUUGGAGAUCCAUGGCUCUACAUUUCGUGGGAAAUGCAGAGAAGGGAGGACGACGUGCAGCAGCGCUACGUCGAGCUUGUUGUGAAGCAAAGAGAAAGGAAGACACAGCACGAAUUUGCAAUCACGAAGGCCAAAGAUCUUGGUGUCCCUGGGACGAUCUCAGCAUUGGGAAACUCGGCCGAGUUUCAGACAGGGCUCUCUGAAGAUGCUAUCCUGGAACUGAAUCGAGCGCAGAAAGAGGCAAACAACAACCUGCCGCAGAAGAAACUUUGGGCAAGCAGCUCUUUGCUUUGUUGCUACAAUGCUACAAUAGGUGCUUGUCGCUUCGGCACAGCGUGGCAGGCUGGCAUCGUGUUGCUGCAGGAACUUCUUGAUCAAGGUCCCAAACCUGAUCAUGUCACCUUUGGAGCAAGCAUUCAUGCUAUUGGGGGAAGUGAAAAUGGUCCCAAAGGUCCAUGGGAAUGUGCUUUGGCUUUGCUGCAGGCGAUGCCAAGCUGCAGAAUAGAGCCAAAGGCUGCUAUCUUCAACGCUACAAUUCGGGUGCUCGAACGUGCUGGACUCUGGAAGGAGGCCAUCCAUCUUUUUGCGACCAUGGAUAGUAGCAGCGCUUGUUCAGACCUCAUCAGCCUCAAUGCGACCAUCACCGCCUGCACCAACAAUAUACAGUGGGAGGCCGCGGUGGCUCUUUUGGACAAGGCCACGAUCCAAAAUCAUCUCUCUCGAUUUCAGUCAAAUAGACAACGAUCAACGAUCAGCUACAAUGCGACCAUUGUUGGCUGUGGUCGCUCCUCGCAAUGGCAGAGAAGCUUGUCACUGUUGGAGGAGUUGAGGCUGCGAGUGGCAGCUACUGUAGCCAAUAUGCCGUAUGUGCCAGGAUGGGAAGGGCACAAGCAGAAAGGAGAUCAAGGAGAUUGUGACAGAGAUCAAGGUGUUUUGUUGUUGGACGAGCAAAGCCGAGAGAGCGUGCUUUCCAUGCGUCCAGUCCAAGGACCCACAACUGGAGCGUCUGUCUUCCUGCUACAGGGUUGCAAUGCAACUCUUAAGGGAUGCGAACGAGCUUCUGAGUGGCAGAAGGCCGUGCAGCUUCUCUCCGUCAUGGCCAAUCAGGAGUUCAGUGAUGGCUUUGCCAACUCUUCAGAAUCAGGCUUGGCAUGGCCCUCGCCGGAUAUCCUCAGCUUCAACAGCAGCAUAUCGGCGUGUGAGAAGGCUACAUGCUGGGAUGGGGCUUUGGCAUUGUUGGAGAUGCUGUUGCACCUUUCCUCUGAAGUCUCAAACAGAUUGCGUGCAGAUGCGCCGAGCUUCAACAGCGUCACUCGAGCUUUGACCAGGGUUACGCAAUGGGAAGCUGGACUGGAAUUGCUGAGCAAAGCCUGCUCCCAUCGCAUUCAGCUCAAUGCCGUCAGCAGCUUGAUGGUCGUGUAUGCCUGUGGCCGUGGGAAUUGCUGGCAGGGGGCGCUGACAGAAUUAGACAGAAGCUAUUUGGCACCCAGAAUGACGAGACUUGAUAAUCCUGCAACGCCAAGAAAUCUGCACAAUGCCAUCAUCAGCGCAUGUGAGCAGUCUAGUCGCUGGCGAGAGGCACUACAUCUCUGCUUCGUUCCAAGCAAGAACGGUGCCAAGGGCCAGGACUGGCUUCUGGACCAGGUCACUCUCAAUUCCGCACUCAGCUCCUGUGCAACCCAAAAACAGUGGGAAUUGACGAUCGAGAUGCUGGAUUUCCGAAGGUAUCUGGCACAAAAUGAUCUACCCAUCUGUGCUUCUGGCUUUGGUGCAGCAGCUCUGGGAUGCGCCAUGGCGGGAGCUUGGGCUUGUGCAGUGGGACUCUAUUGCAGGUCUACGCACUUGAAAGGUUGGCGAAAGAAUGGCAAGCAUUUGGGCGGUCUUGCUAUGACAUUGCUUGUGGCAAUCCGGUCUUGCGAGAUAUACUUGCAGGUGAAGACGCUGUGGCAGUUGCUUCCCCAGCUCAAGGCUGGCGCUGGUCGAGUUCUCUUGCUGGAUUUGAUCCUUCCGCUUCCAGGCACAAAGGAUGAUGGGUUCAGAGCAGAAGUUGCAGAAAUGCUUCGAAGGUAUGAUGGCGACGCGAGCGCUACUGCGUGGUUUGCCGCGGCUCAGCAAAGGCUUCAGCGUCCAGCUGGCCAUUCACUGCUAGGCUUACGGGCCACAGGCCUUCCAAUUGCAGGAUUUGUUCGAGAUGACGUUUUAGAGAGCCAAUUCUGCCUUGGAACAAUGACGAAAGGGCUGGUAGAGGAUCUCAGCAUGUGUUCACCUGGUGCUGUGAGGAGGCGCAGAAGUGUCAAAGCACAACUCACAUGUCACUGCGCUGAGAGACAAAGCAACAAAUGACUGCCACGUUUGCCAAGUUUGCGCGCGGGUUGUCCGCUUUUCAUGCUCCACAUGCCACUGCCGGCAAAACUGGCACUACCGGCUUUCUAGGACUUCAUGCUGCCAGACUCGAUGCGCUGCCUAUCGGCUGAUGGCACCACGAAGCAAAUCAAAAA